UAAAAACAGAGCUUUUUAUUUCACCUUCCACCACCACCAAUCCGUGUAUACUCUCCUGUUUCUCUCUCUCAUAAUUGAAGAAGAAGAAGAGAGAGAGAAAGAUCUUCUCCUAUAUUAAUUACUCAUAGGUUCAAUUAGAUCUAAAUUUUAGUACCGAGUUUGAGGAUUUUCCAGUUGGUGAUCAGGAGAAGAAGAUUCUUCACUUUCUUUAUCUCAAUUCUAUAGGUGGCGAUCAAAAGAACAAUUUUCAUUCAAUCAGGUGAAGAAGUUGAUCACAUGCAAUGCCAGAGAAGAAUACCAGGAAAAUCAUAGGUAGUGAUAAGUGAUGUCAUAGGAUGGACAAGAACAUGAAGCAGAAGUAAACAAUAGGUAGAUUUUGUUUCAGAGAUUGGAGUAGAAAAAUACAGGUGAAUUUCAACUACAGUUGAAGAAAUUCAGUUGCCAAGGUAAAAUACUAGUUUUGUUAAAUGGAUCGAGCAGAUAAUAAUGGGAUUGACAUAGAAAGUGAGGUGUUGCCAAUUGAUGGAAAAGAGAUUGUGAGAAAUGGUUCAGAUUUAUUCGACAAAGACAUGAUUAGAGAGCCACUUCUUAGGAAAAGGACCAACACCACUUCUCAGAUUGCUCUGAUCGGUGCAAAUGUCUGUCCAAUUGAAAGCCUUGACUAUGAGAUUGUUGAAAAUGAUCUAUUCAAGCAGGAUUGGAGAUCAAGGAAGAAGCUUCAGAUAUUUCAGUACAUUGUCCUUAAGUGGACACUUGCACUUCUUAUAGGAUUGGCUACAGGACUUGUUGGUUUCUUUAAUAAUCUCGCGGUGGAGAACAUAGCGGGUUUCAAACUGGUGCUUACUAGUGAUCUCAUGCUCAAGCAAAAGUUCUACCAGGCAUUCGUAGCAUAUGCUGGUUGCAACGUGGUUUUGGCGAUUGCUGCUGCAGUUCUUUGUGCUUACGUUGCCCCUGCUGCAGCAGGUUCUGGUAUUCCAGAAGUAAAAGCUUAUCUAAAUGGUGUGGAUGCUCAUUCUAUAUUGGCUCCAAGUACUCUCUUUGUAAAGAUAUUUGGUUCCAUUUUUGGAGUUGCUGGUGGAUUUGUUUUGGGUAAGGAAGGACCUAUGGUACACACAGGGGCUUGCAUAGCCAAUUUACUUGGCCAAGGUGGGUCCCGGAAGUAUCAUUUGACUUGGACAUGGCUCAGAUAUUUCAAAAAUGAUCGAGAUCGACGGGACUUGAUCACUUGUGGUGCUGCUGCUGGAGUUGCAGCUGCCUUUCGUGCCCCAGUUGGUGGUGUUCUAUUUGCUCUAGAAGAAGCAGCUUCAUGGUGGAGGGGUGCUCUUCUCUGGAGAACAUUUUUCACAACAGCAGUUGUUGCUGUGGUUCUUCGAGGUUUCAUAUUAUUUUGCAGGAAUGGAAAUUGUGGGCUGUUUGGAGAAGGAGGGCUGAUAAUGUUUGAUGUUAGUUCAUCUAUAACAUCAUAUAGUACCGCUGAUCUUCUAGUGGUGUUACUCCUUGGCGUGGUCGGAGGGCUUUUCGGGAGUUUAUACAACUAUCUUGUGGACAAAGUCCUUCGCACUUACAGCAUAAUCAACGAGAAGGGUCCCCAUUACAAAGUCCUUCUUGUCAUCAUUAUAUCCCUUCUGACUUCAUGUUGUUCGUAUGGCCUUCCAUGGUUUGGAAGUUGCACCCCUUGCCCUGAUGGCCUUAAAGAGCAGUGCCCAACUAUAGGUCGUUCGGGUAACUACAAGAAUUUCCAAUGCCCACCAGGCCACUACAACGAUCUUGCCUCACUGUUCCUCAAUACUAAUGACGAUGCUAUCCGUAAUCUAUUCAGUUCAGGAACCGAGAACGAAUUUUAUCUUUCCAGCUUAUUCGUGUUCUUUUUCGCAAUAUAUGGGCUUGGCAUCAUAACUUACGGCAUUGCCAUCCCUUCUGGGCUCUUUAUCCCUGUUAUUCUUGCUGGAUCCUCCUAUGGUCGCCUUAUUGGAACCCUACUUGGUUCCAUUUGUGACCUUGAUCCAGGUCUUUUUGCUCUCCUCGGAGCUGCUUCUUUCCUUGGCGGGACCAUGAGAAUGACGGUCUCUAUCUGCGUGAUUCUUUUGGAGCUCACAAAUGAUCUUCUAAUGCUUCCUUUAGUUAUGCUGGUUCUUCUUAUUUCCAAAACAGUUGCCGACAGCUUCAACAAGGGUGUUUAUGACCAAAUACUAGUUUUGAAGGGUUUGCCCUUCAUGGAAUCUCACUUGGAGCCUUACAUGAAGCACUUAGUCGCAAGAGACGUUGUGUCCGGUCCACUGAUGACGUUCUCGAGCGUGGAGAAGGUUGGGAACAUAAUGCAUGUUUUAAGAAUGACAAGGCAUAAUGGGUUCCCCGUCAUCGAUGAACCACCUUUUGUUGAGGCACCAGAAUUGUGCGGGCUUGUAUUGAGGUCUCAUUUGGUCGUGUUGCUCAAUGGGAAAAAGUUUACAAAAGAGAGAAUCUUGUGUAGGGAGGGGAUAUUACGGAAGUUUGAUGCAUUUGAUUUUGCAAAAGCAGGGUCGGGUAAAGGGUUGAAGGUGGAGGACUUGGAUAUUAGCCCCGAGGAGAUGGAUAUGUAUGUGGAUCUCCACCCAAUCACUAAUUCAUCCCCAUAUACUGUUGUGGAGACAAUGUCGUUGGCCAAAGCAGCAGUUCUAUUUCGACAACUUGGCCUCAGACACUUGUGCGUCGUGCCAAAGACUCCAGGGAGGCCUCCAAUCAGCGGACUCUUAACGAGACAUGACUUUAUGCCAGAGCACAUAAUGGAUUUAUAUCCUCAUUUCAAUCCCCGCAGAAAGUUGUCUAAUCGAAGUUAGGCAAGAGAUGUGAUGCUGAAUUCUUUUCUUCUUUAUAAAAAUAUACAUGGUAUUAUUUAUGGGUACCAUUCUUGAUUGUAAUUGCUAUUUAUAGUGUCUGCCAUUGAGUGCGGCAAAAAUAAGAAAAAAAAAAAGAAAAAAAAAGUAAGGAAAAAUCAAAAUGCAAAACAGAACUCUAUGAUGUGUUAGAAGAUUAAAAUGAGAACUUUAGCUCUUUCAUUAUUCUUGAUUAUUGUUAUUUCACUUAUUGGUCGUU